GACAGAUUUGACUUUAUAUCUGUGUGGUUAUUGUUUGCCCAUGUAUUGCAGUGCCCACGGUGGUUUAUUAAAUUUUAAUGUGAUCAUUUAUCUUAUUAACAGUUGCUUAGAAUAUAUGUUUAAAAAAAUAACUUUCUUUCUAGAUGAUAUUGAAAUUCAGAUAUGUUCUAGGUUAUAAUCAACCAUAACAUAUCAACAAAAGUAGGAAACAUCGUUUUUGGCUUUUAAUUAUAAGAAUAUUGUGAAAUCUCAUGAUUUAUAAUUAGAACAUGGAGGUAUGUCUGACUAUUCCUUUUCCUUCUGUUGACACUGCCAUAUUGGCUUAUGAAGUGUUAAGUGUUGACAAAGAGCUGAAAAGAAGCCAAGUAAAGAGAAAUCUAGUUAGGGAAACUGAAAGCUUAGUAAUAACCUUUCAUGGAGAUGAUCUUAGAAAACUUAGAGUAGGUGUGAAUGCUUUUAUUAAGAAUGCAGUGCUAGUAUUAAAAACAAUUGAACUAUUGAGUGAUACAAAAAAGUAACAGCAAAAUGCCUGAACACACUCCAGCCCCAACACCAGCCAGGUCUUUAUAUGGUUUUUUCAUGUAUUUAUUUAGCAAAACAAUGUUAUUUAUUUAUUUCAUAUGGGCAAUCACUCCUGACUACUAUUUGCAUUAUUUCAACAUUUAUUAUUAUCCCCAAAAAUAUUGGUCAACAGCCAUACCCAUACAGUGUUUAGUAGCAUUGACAAUUUUUGCUUUUGUAAUAUAUCCCAGUUCUGGCUUGAUAUUAACUGCUAAUACAAACAGUAUAAGUACAAUAAGUGAUUCUCACUCUCAUUAUACAUGUAAAAGAAUAGAGAACAAUAAUAAUAUGCUGAAAAGUUGCAUUUGUACAGAUGUAAACAAAUGUGCUAAGAACAGUCAUGUGACGGCACAUGAUGAGUUGGAAGAGAAUACGGUGCCACAACUACAUGAUUUGAAUAUUCGAUUUGUAUGUAAGAAAUUGUACUUUAACAAAUGUAGUAAUUAGGUGCUCUUGUAAUAAAAUCUUUUAUUACUAUAA